AUUGCGUUCUUCUCUUCUCCUUCUACUCGCGAUCUCCGUUUCUCAAACAGUUUCAGUAUUCAGAGUUUCAGCAGAUCCGCCAUUGAUCACAUAACCAUCGCUCAAUGGCUUUGCGAGGGGUUUGGCAACUUCAGAAGCUCAUUGUUAGCUACAGCGAUUGGGGUGGAAGUAGCAGAGGUAUUAGGGCAUUUAUGGAGUCGCAUAUGCCAGCGUUUAAGGAGUCAAACCCUCAGUUAGAGGUGGUCACUGAAAUGAUUCGUGGUCAGCAUCCACAUCUAAAGGGUUUUUACAAGAACCAGAACCACCGAGUUGUAUGUGUGAGGAAUAUGGAUGCGGAAGAGGUACUUCUACAUGCAACCAGGCUAAGGAAUGCACUUGGAAGGAAAGUAAUUAAACUGAGGACAAGACAUGUAACCAAACACCCUAGUGUGCAAGGUACAUGGACAACUGCUUUGAAAUAUUAGGAUGAAAAAACCAGGUGUAUGAGAAUGUUGCGCUAGUAAUGCUAAGCUUUUUUUCUGGUCAAUUAAUCGAAUAUUUGUGAACCGGUGAGCAUUAGUUUUCAUGUUGUCCGGUGAAAUUGCCAGGAUUAAUAGUUCAGAUGUCUUUUUCUUCGUUGGUUUUGUUUCAUAGCUUAGCCUUUUAAGUUUAAGUGUCUAUUUGAUUAACUAUCACCUGAUUGUGGCUAAGAAACCAAGUUUGUUUACACCGUUAUAUAUUGUUAGUUGGUUAUAAUAUCUAUCCGAUUCAUCAGAGAUCUGAAAAAAAAAA